GGCGCUGGCUGGAGGCCGCGCCGCGUCAGCUGUUCCGCGUCAACAAACACCUCGCCUAUUGCGUCACCGCCAGAAGAUUGCCUUUAUCCGCGUCGCCUGGGAAUGGGAUUACACGUGGACGUCACUAGCUGAAAGAAUCACCAUCGGCCGCCGUGAUAAGAGUGGCAGCUGAACUUCUGGUGUCAUCAAGAACCCUGACACCAGAGCUUCAACACCAGAGCCGAUACUUUUCGCCUUAGAGCAGCUUCACAACAUGGCAGUCGGCAGCACCCCAGGACGACGGAACAGGGAGGCCGCCACCGGUGCUAAGAUUUCUGCCAAAGUGACGUUUCUACCCUAUGAGUCUCUCCAAGGUAAGACGAGGGAGAGGCUGCAAGGCGUUCACUCCCUGGUGGUGGCCCUUCUGCCCGUGGUGGCUGCCAAGAGGGGCUUCGCAGGGCUGCACGUCACAGUCACGGCCAAGGGAGGAAGUCUGCCGGCCACUCUCGUCCUGGAUAAGCAUGUGAAGGAGAAUGUGGCUGUUGUGUCCAGAGGCGACCACUUGUGUGAGGCGCUGAGUGAGGGAGAGGAGAUCACCAUAACCGCUGGCUGUCCGUCCCUGUUCGCCGAGUCCAUGUCCUUCAACCUCCUAUCCGGGGUGGGUGCCGGGGGAGUGCCAGGCCUCACACAGCACCUAAAAGACCAGCUCAUUCACAGCGGACUUGUCACUCGGCGUGGGAUGUGCGUCGUCCUUCAGUACUUAACCCAGGAGGUGACUUUGAGGGUGGAGGAGGUGAGGAUGUACGGCAUGGAGGCGGAGGCAACAACAGACACACCCUUCCGUUGCCUUCCCCAAACCCGAGUGUGUGUUCAGACCGAGGAAGAGAAUGCCAAAGUCCCUCACCCGGAAGUUACGUUUGAGGACAUUGGUGGAUACGAGAGCGAGAUCGAGAGCAUGUGUCAACAGAUAGACGCCUUGUUCACCUCCGAGGGGUCAAAACACAGCGUUCCUCGGGGCAUGCUGAUCAGCGGGCCGCCGGGGUGUGGGAAAUCGCUGAUCGGACGAGCCCUGCAAGCCAAGUAUGGGAGAGCGUUUCUGACGGUUCCACUGGAGGAGGUGAAGAGCAAGUACGUGGGUGAGACGGAGCAGAACCUGAUGCGGUACUUCUCUGAGGCUGCCAAGAGGUCGCCAUGUCUGCUGUUCCUGGAUGACCUUGACCUCCUGUGUGGCUCCCGGGACAAGGGCGGCGGCACUGGGGUGGUGACGGCACUGCUGCACCUACUCGACGGCACCAUUGGCACUGCUGAGGGAGUGAUGGUGAUUGCCACAGCCACCAGACCCCAAUCGCUGGAUGCUGCGCUUCGUCGCCCCGGUCGGCUCUCCUACGAUGUGUGUCUGGCCGCCCCGGGACCCCAGGACAGGCGGGCCAUCCUCCACAACCUUCUCAAGGGUGCUCCGAGUGACAUGAGCCAGGACGAGUUGGUGUCUCUGGCUGACAUGACCCACGGCUAUCUUGGCGGAGACCUGCGCAGCGUGGUGGUGGCGGCAGUGACGGAGGCCGGCCGAUGUCCCCUUGCCUGGCCCCAUGUGGAGACCGCCCUUGCACACACACGCCCAGCACUCGUAAAGGACGCUGUCUCGGCAACCUCGGGCAUCAAGCUCUCCCACAUCUCUGGCUACACUGCCCUCAAGACCAAGCUUCAGGAGGCUGUGAGGCUGACACUAAACCAUGCCUCCGUCUUCAAGAGCUGCGGCUUCUCGGCCCCGUCAAGGUUCCUGCUGUUUGGGCCGCCGGGCUGUGGCAAGUCGGCCCUCGUCUUGGCCCUCGCGGCGGAGUUCCACCUCAAUGUUAUCCCUGUGAAGAGGUCGACGGUCCUGGGGAAGUAUUUUGGAGAAUCCGAGCAGAACCUAGCCAAGAUAUUCCAGCAGGCGGGUGAGUCAGCUCCCUGCGUCAUCCACUUUGAGAAUUUCGAGGGGCUUGCCGGAGGAAGGAGGGGUGGUCGAGAGGGUGGCGGGUCAGAUGCCGAGAGCCGCGUUGUCAACCACCUCAAAGUACAGCUGGAUGGCAUCGUGCAGAGCGAGGGAGUGUUCGUGUUUGCCGAGACUAAUCGACCGGACCUCCUGAACAAGGAUGUCAUUCGUCCCGGCCGCUUCCACGAGUACCAUUACGUGAAUCUCCCAUCGGCCGAGGACAGGCGGUGCAUUCUCGAGGACAACCUGCCGCCCCUCGCCCUCACAGGGGAGGUGACACUCAACGCCUUUGUCAAGCAGACGGAGCAGUUGACGGCAGCAGAGAUUCUGCAGCUUUGUGAGGAGGCGAGACUGGUGACCGACAGGGAAGGGAUUGACGAGACAGCUCCCACUCACACCACCUCUCUGCCCUCCAACCCCACAGCCUCAUCCAGCAGCCUACAGGAGGUGGUUGAGGCUGCAGCCAUCCCCAACACAUCCCUCAAACUGCUGCAGAAGUAUGAGAGCUUUGCCAGACUGUAUUGCUCGGAUUCUUAGCUAAGGCGUUUGAUUUGGUUUGGUUUACCAUAAAACAGCAGACAUUUUCUUCUCCAAGCUUUAAUAUAAUUUUAUACCAUGUUUUUGUAUUGAAUGAUCAAAUAAAUUCCUACUUUCCA